AUGGACGUGGAGGACGUCUCAAGUCCCUCUCCGCUGUACAGAGAUUGGUACAGCCACCCUGGCCGUGGUGACGACUACUACCAUGCCCCUGCAAUUCGUUAUGUUGAUGCAGAGGAGAUAGACCAAGCACAGAUGAUGGACGGCCUUGCUUGCUUCUGCAAGAAGGUGAAGCUCGUCAGCGACUGCCCGUGGGUCAAGCCUGACAAGGAAGGCCGCCCAGAAGAUCCGAGCCGCUUCCGUUGGUAUCAUGGCGAUCAGGAUCUUUGCUGCAAGCUGGCCUUUACAUUCAGCAUGAAGACUGUGGGAUGGAACUACAAGCGUCAGGAGACAGCGGACUUGUGUGCGUCAGAACUGCGUCCCGCAGCAGGCGAUGAGUGCUGCCAUCUCAAAGAUGACGGUGGCUUGAUCGGUGUUCGCGUUCAACAAACCAGAGCCUUCCUCUACUUAGAGGCCUACAAGGACAAUACUUUUCCUUGGUCUGGGAUUGCGCGGAGCUUCUACAGAAGCACGCCGAAGUUCGAGCUUGAGGAAGUCACUGGAGCCACCGACUUCACAGGGAGGGCAGUAGGAGCCGAGACCGUGCGUGCUUUCCUACAGAAUGUGCAGGACACGGGGCGCUACAAGAGUGGGUUUGUAUGCUCUGCACCUGCCUUCUUCGUCAGAAGCAGUCGGCCCAGUGCUGCUGCCAUCAGUUGCCCAGAUCAGGCAAGCAUCACAGCCGCUCGCCGUUGCCUACCGGUCGAUGGAGCGCCCAGUGAGGUUCUGCCCGUUUGGGUGGAAGGGGAGAUGGUCGUGGUCCCGAAGCAUAACCACCAGCAGGGUUCCGUGAGUUUCGCAGAGGGCCCUGAUGGGACUGAGUCCGUGCCCGAGUUCGUGACCUCUACAGAUCCCAACAUCAUGGAUGACCCCACCACCCAGGCGGAUGAGAGCAGCAUGGUCUUCACAUGGGGGCGAAUCAACCAGUGGAAUUUGACCUGUGAAGAAGAGAAGCCAGUGCCCUGGGUGAGGACGCAACAUCACAGUGCAAGGUAUCAGUGUGGAAGCACUCGGCACACCCCCACGGGACCCGCCACAACCCACUACUGCACACGCCACUGGUCUACGCACCACCAGGAGUACACGAACCAGUGUGUAUCCCGCAAGUACACGCGCCUCUGUCCCGCCGGCCACGGCCUGUACGAGAAGCAGUUUCCUCAGGGGACCUGCGCUCUUGAGCCGUCGGGGCAAGUUGAGCUGCAGCUUGUUAGCAUCGGGAAUCUGAGCUUCAUGUGUCCUGAGGAGUAUCGCAGUGGGACACCGGGCAGCCUGCGGUUCGAUCCGCUCUGCGAAUGUUCCGAUGCGUGCUAG